UUUCUUGUGUUUGUGCUGUCGGGGCAAAGUUUCUGCACUCCGGGACUAAUUCUGUUGCUCCUGCAAGUUCUUCAGAGCAGCCUGUGAUUUUCUUUGUUGGGAUCUCUUUAAAGCAAGCAGUUUGGCAGCUCCUCUGGACUUAAUGUCUGUAUUUUAUCCCAUUCACUGCACUGAUUAUCUGAGAUCUGCUGAGAUGACAGAAGUAAUAAUGAACACUCAGUCCAUGGAUGAAAUUGGAUUAAGCCCUCGCAAAGAUUCCUAUCAGAUUUUCCCAGACCCUUCAGAUUUCGAGAGAUGCUGCAAGCUGAAAGACCGACUCCCCUCCAUUGUAGUAGAACCCACAGAAGGCGACGUGGAGAGCGGGGAGCUAAGGUGGCCCCCAGAAGAGUUUGUGGUAGAUGAAGACAAAGAAGGCACUUGUGAUCAAACAAAGAAAGAGAACGAGCAGUAACGGAGAUGUUGCCACCAGUUGUAAACCUAUUGUCGCUUGGAGCAAGAGGGAUCGACAAAUGGCUUGACUAAGACUUGGUUAGGGAUGCUUUUGUUAACGAUGACAAAUUCAAAGAUGCACCUGCAAGAUUUUUUCUUUUUCAUUCUGUUUUUCUUGCGAGAAAUAAAGCAACCUUCGAUGUGACGAGAAGUGGGGAAAUUUGAGAAAUGCUCGCUGUUUUUUUCCUUCAUUACUUAGAGAUGUUGUCUGAGCUCUUUUUUUCAGAUGUUUGAGGCAGCAGUAAAAUUCAAGUAGGUUCUAAUGAUGACAAAUCGAGGAUCAAAUGAUGAUUGAACACCUAUAGGGGCGCGGUACUGAUUCCCUCCAAAAGGCAAAAACUCCAUCUCUCCAAACGUUUUGUCCCCCAUUUGAAUGAAAGUAGGAAAUUUAAAGGCUCUUUGGGGGGGGGGGCUGAUAUUGAUAGUCAUUUCAGUUCUUCCUCCACCCAGUUUGAAAAUCCAGGAACCAUUUGUCAUAUCUUUAAGUUGAACAAGGAAUAUGUCAUCACUUAAAUUGGGGGGAUGUCUACAAUCAUCAUAUCCUACUGUACAAGACCAUAAAGCCGUGACAUCAUUUUCAUAUCCCCCCCCCCCACAUGGAUUAUUCCCUAAAAACACAUCAAUUUCUUUAUAUCGAGCUUCCGGCCCUAACGAAGAAUUUGCCUCCUGGUGUUCACUACUUUUACACCAUAUGUGCCCGCGAAACCUCCAUUGUCCGCUAUUUAGUACCAUAGUUGUGCCCAUAGAGUGCACUUAUAUUGUCAGAGACCUUUUUACAGUUAUGCACCAUUUAUUUUUUGUGUGUAUGUGUGCGAAAGGAUUGUGAACAGAUCUUCUGCCAGUAAAAUCCAACAAAAUGUAAUUAUAAACAUUUACUUAAUGGUGAUGACUCUGGGGAAGAAGAAUAAUGAGUAAGAUCGGGAUCAUCAAAGGAUAGUUCAGGCCCAUUAUCCAUGUUCACAAGCAGAACCAGCCUUUCCCUUAAUUGUUUCUCUAAACCUUCCUGUGCUGAAAGGACUUUAAUGCCCUUUGUUAGGUGCUGACAGAACAUAUGAUAAACACAUCUGUCUCGCUUUUCCCGUCCCCGCUGCUGAACGCCACUUCUGUAAUCCAACCCCCGUGCAGCUUUUUUCACUGCUUCAUAUCAAACGUCCGAUUAACGAUUUCUCUUUGCGGUUUGCACGGAACCUAUCGAUAUGCAAAAUACCUCAGUUUCCAAUGCUGGCGGGCGUGAAGGGAAGAUGGUUUGGGCGCACAUAUAUCACCUGGUUCGUUCAUGUUCGGUCUGUCGAGUCCUGAAGCUAUAGCAAUAACUUGUGUAUGCUUUGAAACUCUCAAAAACACACUGUAAAGCUUAUAUCAUAUGCGUAUAUAUCUUGCUAGUAACACGUGGAAUGUUCUUAUGGUCUCGUCCGCAUCUCCAAAUGGUUAGUGUCAACUUUAAAAAGAAAGUCUCUAGACCAAUGUGUGUGUUUAGUACAUCUGUUCCUGUUAACGGUCUACCAACGGGGUGUAACUGUGAUCCGUCAACAGAGUCUGGGCCCUGCACGGCCUCCAUGAUGGACAAUAAAUGUGCUCUCAUUGCUAACAUUGACACAAUUGUGACUUUGUAGGGAUAGAAGAUAAUGUGUCGUGCUUUUUUGGGGCUCAAGUGGGGGGAAGCGUCUGCUGACGAUCAGGAACCUUGUGUCUGCGUCCUUUUGAGAGUAUUGUAUAUUUCCAGUUGUUACUAAUGUAUCCGUGAACAAAAGCACUCCAGUACUCUCUGUUGUAUUAUAAUAUAUAUAUAUAUUUCUGUAAUUUUUUGAGGCUCAGGGAGAAGCUAGCUUUUUUUUUUUGUUUUGUUUUUUUCCAAACUACUUUUGUCACUGUGACAGUUGUAAAUAAAAGUUUGAAAUUGCUUUCCAA